AGACGGAUAGAGGGCCCACUCCUGGCUCGCUCCGACUUCCGGCCAUCUCCUUGGAAGACGGGCUGGGGAGAAACCGGAGCAGACAGCACCUGCGGGGCUUUCCGGGGACCGGGACCGCGGCGGCGGCCCCGCGGGCGUGAUGUUCCGGGGUCUGAGCAGCUGGUUUGGCCUGGAGCAGCCGGCGGCGGACGGCGCGCCGUCCGAGGGAGACAGGCAGCUGGAGGGAGACGCUCCACCCGAGCAGUGCUCUGAGGUGGUGGCGGAGUCAGUGAAGGAGAAGCCGCAGCAAGCGGGGGACCAGGAGCUCCUUCUCGACCAGGCCAAAGGCCUCGGCAACUAUCUAUUUAACUUUGCAACUGAGGCUACGAAAAAGAUAACUGAAUCAGCGGCCAAAACAGCCCAAACGAUAAAGAAAUCAGUAGAAGAAGGAAAAAUAGAUGACCUCAUUGAUAAGACAAUUAUAGGAGAUUUCCAAAAGGAACAGAAAAAAUUUGUCCAGGAGCAACAUACGAAAAAGUCAGAAGCAGCAGUGCCUCCGUGGGUCGACAGUAAUGAUGAAGAAACAAUUCAACAACAAAUCUUGGCCUUAUCAGCGGACAAGAGAAAUUUCCUGCGGGACCCCCCAGCUGGUGUGCAGUUCAGUUUUGACUUUGAUCAGCUGUACCCAGUCGCCUUGGUCAUGCUGCAAGAAGACGAGCUGCUGAGCAGGAUGAGAUUCGCCCUGGUUCCAAAACUUGUGAAGGAGGAGGUGUUUUGGAGGAACUACUUUUACCGCGUCUCCCUGAUCAAGCAGUCGGCUCAGCUGACUGCCCUGGCUGCCCAGCAGCAGGCCGCAGGAAAGGAGGAGAGAAGCCACAGCAGAGAAGGGGAUUUGCCGCUGACAGAGGCAGUACGGCCCAAAACGCCACCUGUUGUAAUCAAAUCUCAGCUUAAAACUCAAGAGGAUGAGGAAGAGAUUUCGACCAGCCCAGGUGUUUCUGAGUUUGUCAGCGAUGCCUUCGAUGCCUGUAACUUCAAUCAGGAGGAUCUGAGGAAAGAAAUGGAGCAGCUCGUGCUUGACAAAAAGGAAGAGGAGACAGCUGUGCUAGAAGAUGAUUCUGCAGAUUGGGAAAAAGAGCUACAACAGGAACUUCAAGAAUAUGAAGUGGUGGCAGAAUCAGAGAAACGAGAUGAAAACUGGGAUAAGGAAAUAGAGAAAAUGCUUCAAGAGGAAAAUUAGCUGUUUGCUGAAAUAAACAAAUAAUCCCUAACAUCCUAGGUGUCCAGAUUUACUGAACCAGAAGACAGAGAAGAAUAUAACUUGAUUGAAAUUCAGAAUUGCUUCAGCCAGCAUUAUCCUUUUUUCAAGCUGAAACUUGCUUCUUCUACUUAAAAAAAUCUAUCUAGAAUAGUUAUCCUAAUAAUUGAAAAGGGAUGUUUAAUGUAAUAUUUCUUUAAUAUAAAUCUAGUUACACAUGUCCUUGUAGUCAAUAUGGAUAUCUUUGUCACAGAAACAAAAGUGAAAAUAUUAGAGCUCUGUUUUCUAUGAGUCAAAAAAUAUAACUUAAUUUAUCCUUUAAUCAUGGUUUUGUAAACAUUUGUACUCAUUGUGAUUUCUUUGAUACAUGUUCGUUAACAUGCUGACUUAAUACAUGAAUUGAUGACUAUGAGAAUGACCAAAUUACACCAAAGAACUUCAGAGGAAGUACUUGCAAAAUUAUUUUCUCGAUGGAUAUUUUCUAAAAUUCCGUGUGGCAGCCAAAAGAUAAAAUAAUUACGACAGUUUUAACGGUCUAAACAUCACAAUUUGACAUUAAGAAAUACUGUGCAAAAACAUUGUUUUUCUUUGGGGUUUUCCUUUUUUUUUUUUAACUAUACCACAUUUAAUAAUGUUCUCUUAAAGUUCAUGUCAUGAUUUUUGUAGAAAGCAGGGCCUUUGAUCCUUUUUGUAUUAAGGACCUUCAGAAGUCUGUCCGCUUCAGCGUCUCUUGUUUAAAUCAUCACUACGUAUAAAUGUUUUAGCUUUGUUUAUCUUAAUUAAACUGUCAGUCUAUUAA